AUGCAACAUUAAUUAAGUUUGAGUAUUGAGAGUAAUAAUAGUUAUCUCUCAGAUUAGAUGGACAACAUUGAAAUAUCUUAAUUUAAUCAGAACUCAUUUCUUAAAGGAGAAGAAUAAUCUAAAUUACUAUCAGAUAUCCAAGUAGUUUGUUAAAGAUUGUCACAUUCUGCAGAUCAUUAUAUAAGUGAGUUAGUAGAAUAAACAGAAGGUUUAAUGUAACAUUUAUCUAAUUAUAAGAAAAUAAAUUAUAUUAAUCUAAUCUUAUUAUAGAAUGCAUUCCUGUAAAAUCAAAUAUUAAAAAAGAAAGAAGUGGGCUAGAUAUCGUAAAUGUGUAAUUCAAGAAUUAGUAGAUAGUGAAUUCACAUAUCUAAAAGAUUUGGAAUUAAUUAUUGUCAAUUUUUACAAUCCAUUAUAAGAAAUUUUGACAGAAACUUAAUCUAAAUUAUUAUUCAGAAAUUUGAAACAAAUAUAUCUAUUAAAUAAAUAAUUUUUAUUUGAAAUCUCAGGUAUUUUAUUAAAUUUAUUAUCAUAGAAAGAUUUAGCAAUUUUACUUAACAUACCUGUUUUGGCAAGAUAUUUGAUAAGUAUGUUUAAUUUUUUAAAAUAUACUUUGAAUAUACUUCUGGUUUCUCAAUUGAAAUUGUAUCUAAUUUAAGAAGAGAAAUUCCAUAAUUAAAUAAUUUUAUUUCAUAAUUUGAAGAAAUUGAUAUAUUUAAAGGUGGUAAUCUAGAAUCCUAUCUCAUCAAACCAGUUUAAAGAUUACCAAAAUAUGUACUUUUACUUAAAGAUUUGAUCAAACAUACUUGGCAAUCACAUCCAGAUUAUGAUUCAUUAUAAGAAAGUUUAAAUAAAUUCAUUGAAGUGAAUUAUAAAAUUGAUAUUUUGAUGGAUAAGUAAAAUAUAUAAUGUAUUUAAGUGUUCUCAAAAAUUAAAUGUUAUUUGAAUUGUAAAAAUUAUUUUUUGAUUCUAUUAAUAUAUCUAUUGUAGAAUCUACAAGAAGAUAUAUUCAAAGUGAAACAAUUAAUGUACUUGUAUCAAAAUAAUAGAAAUCAGUUAUAGUAUAUAUAUGCAAUGACAUGAUAAUCCUAACUUAAAGAAAUCAAAAUGCUUUAGUUAAAUAACAUGAAAAAUUGUAUGAAUAUCUUUACCUUAAUGAGAAAUCUUAUUGUAAAAAUAAACCUGAAACUCAAUAUUGUAAAUUCUUAUUUACAGUCUCCUCUUAGGAAUAAUCCAUUACAUUUAUUUGUUAAGAUUUUGAACAAAAAUAAAAGUUACUAAAUUUAUUUGAAUCCUUAAUUAAUAAUAUUAAAAUGAAGAAUAAUAAAUUAGAAAUUUUUUAAUAAUAUGAUGACUAACCAAUAUAAGUAUUUGCCAAGGGUACAGAAUUAAGAAAGUCACUUCUUAAAUCAUAUACUGUUUAUGUGAUGAUUGUAAAUAUAGAAUUCAAAAUAGAUAUCUACUGGAGCUUAAAAUUUAACUUUAUUAACUAGAUACAGUAGUUUAAUAAAGUUGGAAUAAAUGUUAAGAAAAUAAUUCCAUGAAAUUUCAAUUCCACAUUUAAGUAAGAAUUAAUGGGCAAGCAAUAAAAAAACAUAGUUAAUUGAAGCUAGAAAAAUCAUUAUUGAAAAUUUUCUUGAAGCUGUUCUUAAUUCUCCAAUUAUCAAAUAAAAUCCAGAAUAAGUAUUAAAAUAUUUAGAAUUACCACCUUCAUUCUAUGAAACAAUUACAUCUUCUCCUAAUUAGACAUUAUUAGAAAGAGAAAGUUUAAGAUAAUCAAUGAAAUACUCUUCAUUUAAUUCAGAUGAUAUUUCACUUAGUGAGACCUUGAAAUUUGUAAGAAAUUCAAAUACCAUCAGAUAAACUAUGCAUCAUAGAAGUUUAAAAGUUAGUAAUCAAACUAUCAAUAUUAAAGUAAUAUAUAUACUUCUAUACAUUUAGAUUAUGUUUUUAAAUGAAUUUUAUAUAUAUUUACCAACCAGUCCUGAAUUAAGAGUAGCUGAUCUAAUUUAAAUGGCUGCUGAAGUCAUUAAAUUAAAAAGUUAUGAAGAUUUUAAAUUCUUUUUAAUAUAAGGUUAAGAGAUUAGAAUACUUGAUGAUGAAGAUUGCAUUCCAUAAAUUUAAUUUAAUAAAUCAUAUUAAGAAGGUAUUAUCUCAAGGAUUUCAUUUAUAAUUAAAGAACGAUAAAAAAGUGAUACUAAAUUAUUACUCAAAAAAUACUUAUAUUUACCUCCAAAAUAUGAGUAAAAAGACUAUUAAUCAGAUUUAGUAAGACUUAAUUUAAUAAGUCAUCAAGCAUUUGAUAAUAUUAAAAAAAUGAACUAUAAGCUCACUUUUUCAUAAUAUUGUGUAUAUUCCAUUUACUAUCUAAUUAUUAAAUAUUAUGAACAUUUCAAACUUGUAAAAAUAAUUUAAAUAAAUUAGACAUUUACUAAACAAUCUUUACCUAUUCAUAUAGUUAAAUAAUUGAUUCCAGAUAAGAUUUAUAAAUAAGAGAAAGAACAAACGUGGAUAUAAGAAAUAUAUACAACAAUUGGAGUUGUGAAAUAGGAAAUUGAAGGGAUAAUUAAAUAACAUGAUAAGAAUUUAUAAGCUAUAAAAAAAGUAGAAUAGUAAUUCCAAUAUAUUGCAGAAUUAUUAUUAAUGGAAUCACUAUAAUAGAAUUAAUUUUAUGGGCUUCAAAAUUUUAAUAUUGAAAUUCCAAAUGCAACAAAAGACAUAUUAUAAAAGUUUAUAUUAUUAUUUACUUAGAUAAUUUAAAUGUUAAUUGGAAACCUAUUCUAUUUUAGGAGUUAAGUUUGAUAGAUUUCUUAUAAUAAAUAAUUUGGAUAUUAAAUUAGAAAUUUUAAUUAAGGAUAUAAUAAAUCCUUAACCAUUCCCUUUUUAUUUUCAAUUUUAAUUAAAGUAAAUUUAAAAUGAAAAAAUUAUAUUAAAAACUCCAAUAGGUUUAGAAAUUUAGAAACUUUAUGAACUCUACUCAAAUAUCAAAACUACUUUUAUGAUUUGA